UUGCUUAGUUCUGUCUAUAGUCCAAAGCCCGUGGAGCUGAAUAAACAUCCCCAUCACCUGAAUAUAUUCAGCCAGCAAAUUUAAAAACAUUUCUACAUUUUCGGAUUGUGAUCUGCCAGAUUAGCCCAGAGUAACCCUGAGAACCAGAGACAAUGGGAGACUGGGGGUUUCUCUCGUCCUUACUGGACAAGGUGCAGUCCCACUCUACUGUCAUUGGCAAGAUAUGGAUGACCGUGCUCUUCAUCUUCAGGAUCCUCAUCCUGGGGACAGGAGUCGAGAGCGUGUGGGGGGACGAGCGCUCUGAAAUGGUCUGCAACUCCAACACGCCCGGCUGCGAGAACGUGUGCUACGACUGGAAGUUCCCCAUCUCUCAUGUCCGCUUCUGGGUCAUGCAGAUCAUCUUUGUGUCCACACCGACUCUGGUGUACCUGGGUCAUGCCAUCCAUGUGAUCCACCAGGAGAACAAGCUGAGAGAACAAGCUAGAGACAGACAGGAGAACAAGCUAGAGACAGACCAUUCAGUGAGGUCUCCGAAGUACACGAAUGAAAAGGGCAAAGUCCAGAUCAAGGGCAAGCUGUUGGGUAGCUACCUGGCUCAGCUGUUUUUCAAGAUUCUUCUAGAGUUGGCUUUCAUCUUUGGACAGUACUACCUGUACGGCUUUAUGAUGCAACCCAUUUUCCAUUGCGAAAAACCGCCGUGUCGACUUCAGACGGAAUGCUUCAUGUCAAGGCCCACCGAGAAGACCAUCUUCAUUAUCUUUAUGCUGGUGGUUGCCUGUGUAUCUCUGGCCUUAAAUGUGAUGGAAGUGUGUUAUUUGCUUUGUCGCUGCUUGAUAAGAAGAUCGAAACAUAACGUUGUGUUACACUCUGAUGCCAAAGCCCAUUAUAAUCCAUUUUCAUCAAUUUCAGGCCUGAAAACUGAGGGGAGUUUGAAGCAGAACUACAUGAACAAAGGGAUUGAAAAUGAGUGGAGUCAAAAAAUCAGUAGUCUUGCUGAAGCAAAUGCUGAAUUGUAGAAGUACAUAUUACUGUUAGAAAUCCUUGAUAUGAAUGUAUCAUUAAUGAAUAUAUCAUAAAGUAUGACAGCAGAUGGCGCACUGCACCUGCUGCGUGGAAGUAUCGUCGUGCGCAGCAGCUGCAUACUUUUCUAGGCUAAUAAGGUGUAGAUGUCAGUUUUAAACAAGCUGGUAUAUCCCAAACUUUAUCAUGAAGAUCCUAACGUUGUCCUGCUGUAAUUCAUACGCUGACAAUUAUUAAGAUGUGAUUUAAAAGGUGUUCAAUUAUGAUGUAUUUUGUAGUUUGGACAUAAGAGGCUAAACCGUUAUGUGCAAUAAAAAGUUUAUCAUAGAGAAAACUGUUUGAUAUACGAUGAGAGACUGAUAUACGUAUAUAAUGGACUAUUAAAAUGGUGUAUUCUGUGUUUAAACAAGA